GAAGUCGUGAGGUUCGGUGGUCCGAAGACGCUGGCUUGUGACCGGGAGGGGGAGAAGGAAGGCCAGCGUAAAGGUUGCCGCUCCAUCCGAUUUCUCCUGCGACCAUCGAGAAAAAAACCAGCACCUCGGCCCAGCGGCUAGCCCCUUCCCCCAGGCUCUCUCUGCCGAUUUCACCACCGUUAUGUGGGAAGCGAAUCCACAGCUGGUCAACUUUAAAACAUGAAGGAAAAAAAUCUGAAAAUAAUCACAGCAUUCCUUGGAGAGAGUUUCCAAACAUCAAUAAAAAAUAACAAGCCCCCUUCAUUGAGCUCAGGAGAUGUUUCACAAAGCAGAAGAAUUCUUACCCAAAACGACAGAUAGUGAUAUGGAUGAAAUGGACACAUCAGAUACCCAGUGGGGCUGGUUUUACUUGGCGGAGUGCGGGAAGUGGCACAUGUUCCAGCCGGACACCAACAUUCAGUGUUCAGUUAGCAGUGAAGAUAUCGAGAAAAGCUUCAAAGCAAACCCUUGUGGCUCCAUUUCUUUUACCACUUUCAAAUUCAGCUACAAGAUAGACUUUGCAGGUAUUCAAUUUAAAGAGAAGGCAAGAAAUGUACAAAUUUUUGAAAUUUGUGAAUUGUGCAAGUUUUAUAAUGAAAUGAAGCAAAUGAAUCUCACCACUGGAAAGCAGCGCCUAAUAAAAAGAGCCCCCUUUUCAAUCAGUGCUUUCAGUUAUAUCUGUGAAAAUGAGGCUAUCCCCAUGCCCUCGCACUGGGAGAACGUGAAUACUGACUUACCCUACCAGCUUAUUCCUUUGCACAAUCAAACACAUGAAUAUAAUGAAGUUGCUAGUCUCUUUGGGAAAACAAUGGAUCGCAACAGAAUUAAAAGAAUUCAGAGAAUUCAAAACCUAGACUUGUGGGAGUUCUUUUGCAGGAAAAAGGCUCAGCUCAAGAAAAAACGAGGUGUGCCUCAGAUUAAUGAACAAAUGCUAUUUCAUGGCACCAGCAGUGAAUUUGUGGAAGCAAUCUGCAUUCACAACUUUGACUGGAGAAUCAAUGGCAUACAUGGUGCGCUCUUUGGAAAAGGAACCUAUUUUGCUAGAGAUGCCGCUUACUCCAGCCGCUUCUGCAAAGAUGACAUAAAGCAUGGAAACACGUUCCAAAUUCAUGGUGUAAGCAUGCAACAGCGGCAUCUGUUUAGAACAUACAAAUCUAUGUUUCUUGCUCGAGUGCUAAUUGGAGAUUACAUAAACGGAGACUCCAAAUACAUGCGGCCUCCUUCCAAAGACGGGAGCUAUGUGAACUUAUAUGACAGCUGUGUGGAUGACACCUGGAAUCCAAAGAUCUUUGUGGUGUUUGAUGCCAACCAGAUCUAUCCUGAGUACUUGAUAGACUUUCACUGACUUCACUCCCAAAUCUUGGUGGUCAAGGAAGUUUUGUUCUUUCUUGCAGGAAGAUUUUCUCUCCUGUCAUUCAGUCACUAAAAUUUAAUUAUCUGAUACUUUUGAACCAGAUAGGAAAAAAAACGGUCUCCAUAUAAAAAGACAUACUGACUUUAAGGUUGGUUUUAAGUUAUUUCGUUUUUGUCCAUUGCUCAUAGUCUUAUUUGUUAAAGACUGAUACUAUGUUCAUUUUAUUAACACAUAGGGGUGAAACAGAACACUCAAAAUUGAAUCAGUUGAGUCUCAAUUAACAUGGUCAUUCGGAUCCUUUAAAGUUCAUGUGCAUCUGAUCAGGACACAUGUUUCAGUUCAAUAGACUAAGUCAUAUAAAUGUUGAAAAAAAUAUAUAGGCAUAAAUGUGUUCCUUCAAAGGAAAUGGUCCUUUGUAAAUUGCAUCCUGAUAUUGUUGUCCACCAAUCAAAAUGUUGCCUUGUUGGUCUCCUGAAGUGGGAAUUUAAAAACUGGAAGCAGUCUGAGUACCAUAAGAGGAAUCAGAAGUCAGAAAAUUGUUUACAGUGCUGCCAAACGGCAGAGGAGAAAAUCAAGGCCAGAAGCCCUGCCUCCAGUUGCCUUAGGACGGCAGGCAGCUGGCUCAGCUGCACCCGUGGCCUUCUGGUCUCCCACAUCUGAACUGACCAGUGCUGCGGACCGUAAGUAGCCUGCAAGUCAUCCACUGGGGUUCUUGAAGUCUUAUACCAAGACUUGCUGCACACAGUAUUUAUUGCAUCUUCAAAAUGAAACCUUUAUUUAUUAUUUAAAACAUUUAUUUCCCCUUUGUGUUGGGGUCCCUUCAAGGAUUACCUUAAGGUAUUUUAAUAUACUCCUCCCCCCACACAGCUUUUCAACAAUGAUUUAUAAAAUUCACAUUUCCCCAUUGUGAAUCAUUGCAGAAAGCAUGGGAUGCUUGGAGCAAAUCUGGUUUAGUCUUCUGAAUGGCAGUUGACAAUAAAUUAAGUCUUUUGAAAAGUUAGAUACAAUUCAUAAUCACGUUUAAUGGCGGUUGUCUGCCUCAUCCCUCUGUUUUGCUGUUCUGUUCUGAGGAGGAAUAAGUAAUGCUGGCAUAUUGCCUGCCCCUAAAUGUAUUCUAGCAGAGACUAGAUAACGAGUGGGCAGAAAUGUUAUAGAGGAGUUGAGGUAACAGAUCAGGGUUGGCCACAUGAUUGUUGAGUUUUUCCAACUUUGAUUUUUUCCAUGAUUCUACUUGGAAAAAGAAAAGAAAAACUUCUAUAAAGCUUGUCCAUAAUACCUUUUUCUAACUCAGUCUAAUACUGAAUUCUCUCUCCAAUUCUCAUCCAGUUUUGGCUGAGAGGUGGUGAACAUGCUUGCACUUCUCAAGAAAAAUCCAGUAAGCAUUCAUUCCACUGUUGUCCAGUUCAAUCAGUUUGGACUGUGAAGGCAUCUAGAAAUAAUGAAAGUAGGGAGUGUAGAACAAGAUUGAAUAUGCUAAGUCUUCAACUACAUAUGUCCCCAGAUUUUUAUUAUAGCCCAGAAUACAUGUAAUUGUGCAAGCGAAAGUAAGUUACACAGGAAAUUGCACGCACAGUACUUUAAAACCAAGUAACAACAAAGAUGUCCUGGCUCAGAUGUACAGACUAACAGCCAGUUUAGAUGGAGUGUUGUGAAUAAUUAGAACAUAUUUCAGAAACAUUUAGAGAUCAUCAUGGAAAUAACUGGAGGAAAAGUCGCUAGGCUGCUUAUGAGAGGGAGCACACCCCUGCUCUAAACUCAUUUACAAAAUUAGGAACACUAGAAAUUCAGACUCUGAAAAUCUUUUUGUUUUACUUGUUAUUUGCAUACAAAAAAGGUUCAAAUAGACCCCCCUGUAACAUGGCUAUCUUCUUUCAAUGUUACCUGGUUGCCUCUCCCAUCGCUUGAAUGGAAAACCUGUUGUUGCAUUUGGUGGGUGGUAUUCUCAUAGCUCAAGGCACCCAGGAGCCCAGAGCUGAGAUUUGCAAGGCGAUCUGUUCAAACUGCGAGCCCCGCUGGCCGGCUCCUGUGUAAUGAGUAGAGUGACUGUGGUAGAACUUUGUGAAAAGAACUGUCCUGUUGUCCUUGUGUGAGAAUGUGCUGCCGCCUCUCCUUUUAUAAGAAAGCUGAUUUUGGUAAACUUAAAUGUCAUAGUGUAGAGUUAAUUGUGUUAAAAUUCUAUCUCUUUGUUUUGAUCAGAAGAUUGAGUUGAGAAUCACAUAAUCAGUAUAUACUAAGACUGGAUACAACCCUUUACCCUCUUCUCUCAUCACACAGUAUGGGUGGGGAGAGUGAAGAGAAGCCACCCCAGAUUAAUGAAUAGAAGAUUUUUAACAUAUAUUGAAUAAAUUCCAGCUGAUAGUGACUUUUCUUUCUGACUUUGGUGAUAUCAGCCUCAGGGUAAAAAAAAAAUGUGUUUAUAAGAAACAGUUUCAUAAACCUUGCAGUUAUGAACAGGAGGGUUUUGUAUUAGUGCAACUUGAAUUGCUAGACUUAUAGUGAUGAUGAUAAAGACUUUGGAGCCAUUUUUGAUAUAUGAAUAUGUUGUAUUUACAUGUGGUGAUUAAAGCUUUCUGUAGCAGG